AUGGACGCCCUGCCAGCAGAGCUCGUUGUGCAGAUUGUGGAGUUUGCAUGCACAGACGGCGGGCACACCGCGUGCGCUCUCCGCGCCACCUCCAAAUACCUCUGCAGGGCGUCUGAGCCUUUCAGAUUUUACACGGUAGCUUUGAGAAAUCCCAAGCAAUCGCCCUGUUUCCUAGAGGCCUUUAAGGAUUCAUCACAGCUCGCGCGGGCAAGCGCUCGCCACCUCUUCAUUGCCAUAUACAAAGAAAACGCUCAAGUAGGAAACCUCAUCCUCCAGUCCAUCUCGCGCACCAUUGAGACACUCACCUGCGUGCUCCGCGAACCCGACGACAAGCCCCUCAGACGCACUACGUUCCCGCGGCUCGCCGCGCUCACGCUGGUCUACCACGAGUACACCGCGCGCCUCUUCUCCCGCCUCGGCCCCUUCCCCGACACGCCCACCCUGCCCCGCCUGCGCGACCUGCACAUCGCGCACCGGCGCCCGGCGCUGGUCUUCAGGGCGCACGUGUCCCUGGACUGGUUCGCGCGCCGCGCGGGGGGAGCGCUCGUGCGCGCGCGCGUGUCCGGGGUGGAGCUCGAUGAUGCUUGGGUGCUGAUGCUGCAGGAUAUACUCGCGCGCCGGCCGGUGCGGUACCUCCCGCCUGUCCCGGCGGGUCUGGCGCGCUACGUCGUCGAGCUGUGUCACGUCCCGGAUGCGCAAAUGGUGGAGGAGCUGCGCGCCCUGCAGCGCUGGGCUAAGCAGGAAGGGGUGGUGGAGUUUCUGUUGUCGCCGUGGCGGUCGAGGGCGCACAUGACGCCCGGAGAUUGGGAGGCGGAGUGGCUGGCGGUACAGAGAGGGGCGGUGCGUCCGCGCGUGGAGCGGCUCGAUGACGAUGCGGACGAGCAGGCGUGA